CGAUCAUCUCGACUAACUUCGAAAUUUAAAGUUUUCAUAUGUGGCGUUGCAAGUCAAACCCAUAUGUCGGUGAUUCCUAGGAAAAUAAGGUCCCGAGAAAUACAAGAACAAAUUUGCCCAGGUGUGUAGUCCAUUUCUCUUGCUUUGGUGAAGCCGUUCUCUCGUAAAUUAUUCUACGAAAACAAUACAAGUUCCCCCCAGUUCCGGGGAAGUAUCAGAUCCGGAGACUAGACCAAGACCUCGGACGAUGCAAAAUCAACAUAAUAUGGCAUUGUGGUUUUUACAAUUAAAGCAUCAUGGCGCCACUCGCACCCUCGGGAAUCUGGACCUCCUCCAGACCAGUCGAAACGACCUUGACGACUUACCCUGGACCCACAUCUCUCUAAAAUUAUCAUUGGGAUCGGCACCUUCCGUCACGAACGCUUUAACCUGUCAUUACUUGUCAGGUUGUUGACCCGAUUCUUGCUAGCAACGACCUGCAGGCUUACGAAGACGGUAAAUGUUCAAGUGUCCCCCUGGGGAUGAAUUCUACGCGUGACGAGCGUUCAUCUUGAUUUGCCCGAAGCUUUCCGUAUUCUCUAGACCUCUUCCAGAUCACUCAUUAUUGCUUCUUUUACCGUUUCAAGGAUCCUACCCGAGAGUAUAUAAAGUCUAAUGGCCUGCUCUUUUCGCUCAGUCCCCGACUCUCUUUGCAAAGCUCCUGACUUGUACAUCAAGCCUUCUACUAGGUUUAUAGUAAUGGCUCGCGCACCUCUUUUCGCCGUACGGUUUGCCGC